AUGUGCUGUGAUAUAUCCAUCACUUGUUUACAAAUUCAUUUAUUUUCCUUACAUAAUUUGUUCUUACUUGAAAUUUUUUUUAAUAGAGCCCCGAUACCUCAAAUAUUUUUGCCUGCCCUUUUUAUCAACACAUCAUGGUAUAUGUUCAUCUACACCUCUUUUAUCUCUUUUGCUCUAGCUUCAUAUUCACCUUUAACUAUCAUUGAGGUUAUAUACAGUCUGAUAAUUUAUGUUGCUAAAUAUCGAACUCUUAUUUUAAACAUUGGAUCUUGGCGGCAAAGUAUACACAAGAAAAAGCAAACCAGUUAG